AUGGAAGUAGCAAGGUCUCGGACAUGUAUCUCCAUCUCUCAAUGGAAAUAUGUUCUAGAUUUAUUGAAGGAUACUGGAAUAUUGGGAUAUAGGCCUGUAGAAACCCCGAUGGAAUUCAAUCUGAAACUUGGAACUGAUGAACUUGGAGAGGAAGUAAAUAGGGGGAGAUAUCAACGACUUGUGGGAAAACUUAUCUAUCUAUUCCACACUCGUACUGACAUUGCUUUCAAUGUGAGUUUUAUCAACCAAUAUAUGCAUAACCCAAGGGAGAAACAUCUAGAGGUUGUCAACAGGGUGUUGAGAUACUUGAAGGGAACCCCAGGUAAGGGCCUACACUUCAAGAAAACAAAUAGUCGAUAUGUAGACAUCUACACAGAUGCUGAUUGGGCAUGUUCGGUGAAUGAUAGACGGUCUACAAAUGGUUACUGCAGCUACGUUUGGGGAACUCUGCAUCAAUUGAACUCACCAGAAGGAUGGCAACAUUUUUGGUUCAACUGCGACUCUAGUCCGAAUACAGGAUCAUCCUCGAUCGUAGAGAUGGAUGUUGGGGUGGAGAACAAGGCCGGAUAUAUAUCUUGUGAUCAAGUUGAACCUUCAAGAAGAUAUCAAGAAACAAACAAGCCCAUUGAUAAGACACAGAGAAGUUUAGCACAAAACCGAGAAGCUGCUCGUAAAAGUCGUAUUCGGAAAAAGGCCUAUGUUCAAGAAUUAGAAUCAAGUCGUUUGAAACUAGCUCAAUUGGAGCAAGAACUUGAAAGAGCUAGGCAGCAGGUGAAGGUUGUCAUGCCGCAUAUCGAGCCCUUGACCGAUCAACAACAGUUGGAAGUUUGUCAACUCAGACACUCUUCUCAGCAAGCUGAAGAUGCUCUUUCACAAGGAAUCGACAAACUCCAGCACAAACUGGUCCAAAAUGUGGCAUCUGAUUCAAGCUGGGGAAACUACAGAGCUCAGAUGGCUGUUGCAACAGAUGUAUUAGAAGCAGUUGAGGGCUUUGUAAACCAGGCGGACCACCUUCGGGAACUACAGAUGGUUCGAGUGAUGACAACCCAUCAAUCAGCUCCAGCAUUGCUUGCCUUAGGGGAAUAUUUUCAUCGUCUACGUGCUCUCAGUUCACUCUGGGCAGCCCGUCAUAUAUAUAUAUAUAUAUAUAUAUAGGCAGUAGGAUCACCACUAAUUUGUUCCU